GCGGAGCAGGGACAAAGUUCCCCCCCGGCGCCGCGACGAGCAUCCCCGCUCGCCCGGCCCCCCGGCUGCCGCCGCGCCUCCCCGCUUUGGGGCCGGGAUUGGGAUCAUCGGGAUCGGGAUCAGGACUAGGACCGGGCCCGGCGGGCGGCCCCCCCCCGCCCCUCCGCCGCCGCGCUCCCGCGGGGUGCCCGCCACCGCCUCCUCCUGCCGCCGCCGCGCCCGGCCAUGUCGAUGCUGCCGUCGUUUGGCUUCACGCAGGAGCAGGUCGCCUGCGUCUGCGAGGUGCUGCAGCAAGGGGGGAACCUGGAGAGGUUGGGCCGGUUCCUCUGGUCGCUGCCGGCCUGCGACCACCUGCACAAGAACGAGAGCGUCCUGAAGGCCAAGGCGGUGGUGGCCUUCCACCGCGGCAACUUCCGCGAGCUCUACAAGAUCCUGGAGAGCCACCAGUUCUCCCCCCACAACCACCCCAAGCUGCAGCAGCUCUGGCUGAAGGCUCAUUACGUGGAAGCCGAGAAACUGCGGGGCAGACCCUUGGGCGCCGUCGGCAAAUACCGCGUCCGCCGAAAAUUCCCUUUGCCCCGCACCAUCUGGGACGGCGAGGAAACCAGUUACUGCUUCAAGGAGAAAUCGCGGGGCGUGCUGCGGGAAUGGUACGCCCACAACCCCUACCCGUCCCCCCGGGAGAAGCGGGAGUUGGCGGAAGCCACCGGUCUCACCACCACCCAGGUCAGCAACUGGUUCAAGAACCGGAGGCAGCGGGACCGAGCGGCGGAGGCGAAGGAAAGGGAGAACACGGAAAACAACAACGCGGCCACCAACAAACCGAACCAGCUCUCGCCUCUGGAUGGAAGCAAACCCCUCAUGUCCAGUUCCGAGGAAGAAUUUUCUCCCCCCCAAAGCCCGGAUCAGAACUCGGUCCUGCUCUUGCAGGGGAACCUCAGCCACGCCAGGAGCUCUGGCUAUUCCCUGAGCGGCUUAACCGCAUCCCAGACCCCUCACAGCCUGCAAAGCCACCAGCUCCAGGACUCGCUGCUGGGACCCCUCACGUCCAGCCUGGUGGAUCUGGGAUCCUAAAGGCCCACGGUGGGCAGCCGGAGGAUCGGGAGAGGAGGUUCUGCUCGGGGACAGAGGCUCUGGGUUGUACAUAGAGGACAGCACCCGGUUUUACAGCUCACUCCCUGAUUUUUGACGGGACUCUCGGCUCUUUCACACAGCCCCACAUCAGCUCCUGGUUCAGUUCCCUCCCAGCGUCUCCCUCUAUCACCACGAUUUUUAUUUUAUUGUUGUUGGGGUUUUUUUGUUUGUUUGUUUUGUUGGGGUUUUUUUGUGUUUUGUUUUUUUUUCCACGUAGCCAAACGCAGAGAGCAGCAGAAACCUUCAACCCUUCGAGUUCAAAAGAGCUGGUCCCAGCGGGAAUUACAAAAAAAAAAAAAUUAAAAUAACCCCCAAAAAUAAAUAAAAUAAAAUAAAAG